AUGCAUUCAUCCAUCGAUUCAGCCCAACGCCUUCAUCCAUCCGUCCAGUCUUCACCUUCAUCCAUAUAUCCAGCCCGCACCUGCAUCCAUAUGUCCAGCCCGCACCUUCAUCCAUAUGUCCAGCCCGCACCUUCAUCCAUAUGUCCAGCCCACACCUUCAUCCAUAUGUCCAGCCCACACCUUCAUCCAUAUGUCCAGCCCAGACCUUCAUCCAUAUGUCCAGCCCGCACCUGCAUCCAUAAAUCCAGCCCACACCUUCAUCCAUAUGUCCAGCCCCCACCUUCAUCCAUCCGUCCAGCCCCCACCAUCAUCCAUAAAUCCAGCCCACACCUUCAUCCAUAUAUCCAGCCCACACCUUCAUCCAUAUGUCCAGCCCUCACCUUCAUCCAUCCGUUCACCCCCACGCUUUCAUCCAUCCGUCCAGCCAACACCUGCAUCCAUCCGUUUACCCCCACGCCUUCAUCCAUCCGUCCAGCCCCCACCUUCAUCCAUCCGUACAGCCCACACCUUCAUCCAGCCAUCCAGUCCUCACCUCCAUCCAUAGAUCCAGCCCCCACCUGCAUCCAUAUGUCCAGCCCACACCUUCAUCCAUCCGUCCAGCCCCCACCUCCAUCCAUCCAUCCAGCCCCCACCUUCAUCCAUCCGUCCAGCCCCCACCUUCAUCCAUCCGUCCAGCCCCCACCUACAUCCAUCCGUUUAACCCCACGCCUUCAUCCAUACGUCCAGCCCACACCUUCAUCCAUCCGUUUACCCCCACGCCUUCAUCAUGCAUCAAUAUUCAUGAUAAUUUUCCCCAUGGAGCCCACACCCUCGCCAGGCUCCGCCUGCUAG